AUGGCACCUCAUAUAGGAAUCCGAUUCCAGGAUGCAAAAGGACCCGACGGCCAUCCGUUUGAACAAGGCCUUUCUGAAAUUAAAAUGGGUCAGCUGCUGCUUGGGGCGGCUUUGUCUGAAGAAUGGACCAAUCUUUGGUCUGGACCCAAGGACGCUCGGAAGCUGGUGAAGUUGGGACCUUUUCCUCGAAGGCAUGGCGAUCCUUUGGAACGCUACCAUCCGUCAAUUCGUCAACUUUUACGUCCUCCGAGCCCUUUAACUGCUAAUAUGAAGGCCAUGCAACAACGUGAAGCUCGUCCAGCUGCUCCCGUUUCACCUCCGGGAAGAAUUCGCAAAUCCUCAGCUGAAAGGAAAGAGAAAAUAAAGGUUGAAUCCACUCUUCGCCGCCUUGUCGGUUCCGAAGAAGGCACAUCUCAACUCGAACUCGUCCUCUCGGCCAUCCGAUACAUCCGCGAGCUACAGUCUCAGCUCGAAAACGACAAGGAGAACGACUUGCCCGACAAUCUCCAAGACCUCUUCACACAGUGCACAGUGACAAAAGCGGCUACCGCCUGAACACAUCCUUUGUUCUUUCUUUCAUUUGUCUUCUAGAAAUGUGUGCGUGUGAUACUCGUCCCACCAUCAUGGUUUGGGACGUGACCUCUCUGCUAUAAUCGGGUAUUCGCUUGACUUUGUGCAGUUUCAGUACAUUCUCGCAUUGUUAUUGUCAUUGUCAUUGCGUACUAUGCGUAGUUUUACUGCGCUAUUGUAAAUACGUGUGUGUGUCAGACUUCAAACCAACAGAGCAAUAAAGCUA